AGGGGGAAGAGGGUCCAUCUCAAAUUUAAGAAUGCAAACGAGCCGGAGAGGUGAGAAUGACAAGAGCUAUUAGCGGUUUAGCAACCCUGCCACGUGGCUGAUUAUGCAAAUAGCAGAUUGCGGGGGUUGGCACCAUGCUAUAUCAUAGAAGACACGAUCCUUAAGGUUAGCGGCAACCGAACUGUAGCACGUUCAGGGGCAUGAUAGGUUUUCAGGAGAGUUCACGGCGAUGGGAUCAGGGACAGCUUUUCGGCAUCAGCUUUUGUUUCCCCAAUCGGAACAAUAGAGUGGACAGCAAGAAUGACUCCUAUGACAGCCAGACAGCCAAUGUUGGGAGAGGAAAUAAUGCAAUUUGUUUGGAAAGCAAGAGUUGUCCUAAUGAGGGACGAAGACAAGGUAAUGGGGCAUUUGGAUGCGGCGAACCCAGCGCUAGCAAAAAGCUUGCGGACAUUCGGCUCCCUAAACCGCUUCCAUUAAACAUGAGAUCGCCCUUCACUGAAUGGGCAAUUAACGUCCCUAAGAGUCAGAUUACAAAGGCAAACACCCUGGCCGCUGGAAGCUCUCAGACAAAUCCCUACGGACCGGGUUCGCAGCAGAACGAACAGCGAGCGAUAGGCUAA